CGCGCCGGCGCUGCUGUCUGCGGCAGGACCAGCGUCCCGGCUGAGCCGCCCGGGAGCCCUCCCGCCCUUGCUCGUGCCUCCCGGCUUUCUCUGCUCAUGUAAUGCACUCCCUGAACCAGGAGAUUAAAGCGUUCUCCCGGAAUAACCUCAGGAAGCAAUGCACCAGGGUGACCACGUUAACUGGAAAGAAAAUUAUAGAGACCUGGAAAGAUGCCAGAAUUCAUGUUGUGGAAGAAGCAGAGCCGAGCGGAGGGGGUGGUUGUGGUUAUGUGCAGGACCUCAGCUCGGACCUGCAGGUUGGCGUUGUGAAGCCAUGGUUGCUUCUGGGGUCACAAGAUGCUGCUCAUGAUCUGGAGGUGCUGAGAAAAUUCAAGGUGACUCAUAUUCUCAAUGUUGCAUAUGGAGUUGAAAAUGCUUUCCUUAAGGAGUUUACAUAUAAGAGCAUUUCUAUACUGGAUCUGCCUGAAACCAAUAUUCUAUCUUAUUUCCCAGAAUGUUUUGAGUUUAUUGAGCAAGCCAAAAUGAAGGAUGGUGUGGUUCUUGUUCACUGUAAUGCAGGGGUGUCCAGGGCCGCUGCGAUUGUAAUAGGCUUCCUGAUGGCUUCUGAAGAACUCUCUCUCUCCAGUGCUUUUACUUUGGUGAAAAAUGCAAGGCCUUCUGUAUGUCCCAAUGCUGGAUUCAUGGAGCAGCUGCGCUUAUAUGAAGAGGGCAAAGGAGACAUGAAGCGGGACAGAGCACCAGUAUUAGAACAGAACAACAGUUUAUGAAUUUCUUUCUAGUAGAUGAUGGACAAAUGUGGUUUCAGAAUUUGGCUUCUUGCCUCUUUUUUUUUUUUUUUU